GUAGUCCACGCAGUCAGAGCUUUCCCCUCAAUCUCAUCAUCGCGUCCUCCUUCCUCGCUUUCAAGAACAUCCAAUCCGUCAACAUCGCACAGCACGUUCCAGCUUUCUCACGGCUUUGAUCUGCCAAGAUGUCGACUGAGAAGAUCACCUUCCUGACGAACUGGCACGCGACGCCUUACCACGCCCCCCUCUACCUCGCCCAGGCCAAGGGUUUCUUCGCCGAUGAAGGAAUCAAGGUUGCCAUUCUUGAGCCCAAUGACCCCAGCGAUGUGACCGAAAUCAUCGGCUCCGGCAAGGUCGACCUUGGCUUCAAGGCCAUGAUCCACACCCUUGCAGCGAAAGCCCGCAACUUCCCUGUCCUGUCCAUUGGCAGCCUGCUCGACGAGCCCUUCACCGGCGUGGUGUAUCUCAAGUCGUCGGGCAUCACCCCGGACUUCACCACCCUCAAGGGCAAGCGCAUCGGCUACGUCGGCGAGUUCGGCAAGAUCCAAAUCGACGAGCUCACCUCGCACUACGGCAUGUCACCCUCGGACUACACGGCCGUGCGCUGCGGCAUGAACGUGUCCAAGGCCAUCAUCGAGGGCAAGAUCGACGCCGGCAUCGGCCUCGAGAAUGUCCAGAUGGUCGAGCUCGAGGAGUGGCUCGCCGCGCAGGGCCGGCCCAAGACCGAUGUCCAAAUGCUCCGCAUCGACGAGCUUGCCGAGCUCGGCUGCUGCUGCUUUUGCUCGAUCCUCUACAUCGGCAACGAGCGGUUCGUGGCCGAGAACCCGGGCAAGGUGCGGGCGUUCCUGCGCGCGGUCAAGCGCGCGACCGACUUCGUGCUCGCGGAGCCCGAGCGCGCCUGGGCCGAGUACGUCGACUUCAAGCCGGCCAUGGGCACGGCGCUGAACCGCAAGAUCUUCGAGCGCAGCUUCGCCUACUUCUCGCGCGACCUCAAGAACGUCCGGCGCGACUGGGAGAAGGUCACCAAGUACGGCAAGCGCCUGGGCGUGCUGGGCCCGGCCUUCGAGCCCAACUACACCAACAAGUUCCUCGACUGGGCGCUGGACCCGGACUCGGCCGACCCCACUGGCGACCAGAAGCGGAUGGCGGAACUGCAGAAGGACGUCGCCCUGGCCGGUGGUUUCCGGCGUCUCAAUGUGUCCGAGGCCAAGGCUAGCGCUUAGAAGAGCGCCGUUCUUGUCUCUCUUCCACCUCGAGGACGAGAGCUGUUGGGGAUGUCUUAGCAGGGCAAGCUCGACGUAACACACCAACUAUUGUCCUUCCUUUACCAAUAGCUACUUGAUAUGUCCCGCUUGUGACUUUCAAAGGGUCUCUUCUUGCCUGUGAAUUGAGCACGCCUCCCCUCCUUUCAGCACUAAAUAUCGCAGUUCACACCUGUGACUUGGAAUAUUUUUGACUGAUAAGCAUCCUGGCUAAUCACUUUGCUUAGCUGCGCUGCUCGAGCUUCGGGCUGGCCGAAACAGCGGCGCAGCCUCUGGGGGCGGGGUUAAUGAAGAAAACAGGAGAACUCUUCCCGCCUAGAGACAAACCACAGACAAACACUCUAGAAUCAUGCAAUACCCAGAAAUUUAAUGCAGCAGACCUCGGCCAAAGCACGGUGAAGUGUGAAAGUCCGUAUAGAGACAGCUUCUGACAAGAUUCAGAGAACACUGAUCAUGUUGGAGAUUGGGU